GGAUCGCCGUACCAAGGGGUAUGCGGCGACGGCAGUGCCCCAGAAGGGAGUGCACCCGUACCCUGUGAAGUUCUUCGCGGGCUACUUGAAGGAGCUCGGUUGGAAGAGGUACGUGAGCCGGUCAGACGGCGAACGCAGCCUUGUAGCCUUGAAGCAGGCUGUGGCUGACCAGAUGCAGGCAGUAGAGACUGUCAUGCAGGAGUCUCCUGUAGGAGACCACGCAGCGAACGGUGAGGCCGAGAACGCGGUCAAGGAGGUGAAACGCAUUGUGCGUGCGCAGAAGGAAACGUUCGAGGAGAGGAUCGGUACGCGGCUACCGCUGCACCAUCCGAUUUGGACGUGGCUGCCACGACAUGCUGCUGCGUGUCUCAGUAGAUACCGUAUCGGCGAGGACGGGAGGUCCGCCGAGCAAAGGCGCACAGGAAGGCGCUGGGCGAAGUCGGCGUUGGAAUUCGGCGAACGGAUUCACGUGAGGCUCGCGCAGGAGGAGCCGCGGAGCGGCAUGACUCCUAAAAUGAUAGAGGGGUGGUACGUCGGCCACCAGACGCGGACUGGCAGUCUGCUGGUGAUGACCACCAAGGGGGUUUUGCGAGGCAAGACCUACAAUAAGAUGACGGCGGAGGAACGCUGGAAACCCGCUGGGCUAGACCAGGUGCAGCGGAAGCGGGUGGCUCCGCUCCGGCUGCGUCGCCAGGGUCUGGAGGCCCGGCUCCAGCGACAGGGGCCAGUGCUGCGUCUGCGGAGGUACCAGGCGCCGCGGCUGCGGGAGGUUGACCUCUCGGCGGAGGAGCUGGAGAAUAUCACCCAUCUAGGCUUGCAGCUGGGAGCCGUGGAUGUCCGUGAAGAGUGCCCGCCUCCGUGCCAUGUUGCGCUUUCGUGCCACUUGGGCCUGAGACCUGGGGUGAGCGCAGACAUGCAGGCAGAGAGACCGAAUGGGAGGCACUGGGACUUCAGGAAGGAGGAGGACAGGAAGGAGUGGUACGACACGCUGGAGCGCGAGGAUCCGUACAUCCUCAUCGGAUCACCUCCUUCCACAGCGCUUGCAGAGCUGCAGGGUGCAUCCCGGCUCAGGCGGGACCCGGAGAAGGCCCUUCAAGAGCAAGAUCUUGCAGAACGUCAUCUUGAGAGCUACCGGAGGCAGAUGGCUCGGGGCAGGUACUUCGUGCACGAGCACCCCCACGAAGACAGCAGCUGGGACUCGACUGUCGUCCAGGAGCUGCUGGGGCAGAACGCCGUGGAAAGGGUCAGAGGAGCCGUGUGCAAGUGGAGCGCAAAGCCUGCGGGCCAAGGCGAGCCCCCUUCAGGCGUGCAAGGGUUCAUCCGGAGGCGAGCCGGAUUUAUGACCAACAUGCCCGAGCUUGCGCUGGAGCUCAAAAAGGGGUGCUCUGACGACGCGGGGCCAGAGCAGCACCGGCAUUUCAUCCUCCGAUGCUGGCGCGAUGUGUCCUACGAGCAGUAA